AUGGCUAUGCAUUACGUUGAACAGAAUAUUUCUGCGCCUGUCUCUUGGUAUAGUGCCCCGGAGCCUACUAUCAUAUGGCAAGAUCCCCAUGAUACAGGUUCGGAAUCUAGUGCCUUUGAAUCUGGUAGCUCGAAACCUAGUACCCCAGAGCAACCUGAUGCCAGGUCAGUCGAGCCAUUUAGGCCAGUUGAGACAGUCCAACCAGUUGAGCUAGUCACCCCAAAAGAAACCAAGCCAGGAGACAAAAAGAAGCCCGGAGAGGGAAACAAUCCGGUAUACAUGCCGCGUGAAGACCGACUGAAUCAAACACCGACCAAGGGAAAUGCACAGGGCCUCUUUCUUCCUGCUUGUUGUGUCUUUGUGGGAAACCUCUCCAUCAAGGUUUCUCCUGAAAAGUUGGAAGAAGACCUUACAGAAAUGAUCUCUACAUUUGGCCGGUGUCAUGUUAAAAUCAAACUAUCCCAGGGCGUGAAGAAACUGCCUGUUGGAUUUGUACAGUUUGAAGACACCAAAGCAGCAAAUGCUGCAUUAAAACAAAAUGGAAACCUGAUGCUUCAUAAUCGGGUGUUGAGAUUGGAAUCAUCCAAAGCAAGACGAACUGCCAACUUCGGUCGUCUCUCUGAUGCUCCCGUCGAAAAAGCUGACGUCGUUGCUGCCCUGAGGGGACGUGGUAGCCUCGAGAGCAUAGCUAUUGAGCACUUCGUCAACCAAGACGGAGAAGACUCUACCUUUGGUGUUGUGACUUUCGCAUACCCCGACGAUUACGCAGAUGCCCUCCAGCAUUUCCAAAACAAUCCUGAUUACUAUAUGACCAGAUCCACCAUGGAUCCCAACGACCAGCUUCCUCAGGAUUACCCUGCAGGACACAGGUCAUCUAACCAGCCUCCCGCAAACCGUGGCAACCAGCAGCGAUACAACAACACUGGCCGCAGACCCUUCCACCGUCCAUGGUAUAGCGGCGGCAACAAUAACAACAAUAGAGGCGGAUUCCGAAAUGCUCCUGGUCCUGCCCCCAGACAGCAAAACACAUCCUUUGCAAAUCAUGGUCACAGUCAAAGCUUCAAUGGCCAGGGUCAUUCGUCUCACGGCUCUUUCUCUCAGAACUACUCUGGCAAUGGUUUCCCUCAGAACAACUUCAACCAAGGCUAUCCCAGCCCCAACCCCAACUACAAUCAAAACUUCCCUGGCAACAACUUCCACCCAAACUAUCAGGGCAACUUCCCGAACUACCCCAAUCAAAACUUCGUGGCUGCGGGUCCCUUUCCCAAUGCGCCAGUUCUGUUCAACCAAAUGCAAAUGCCUGAAGGCCCACCCCCGCCAUAUCAUGCCGAGUACACUGCUAUGCAAAACCCAGGUUUUCCCGUGUUCUUGGGCAAUCAAUCAUACCAGCCUCCCAAUACUCUUGCACCAAUGAUGACUCCGGUUCAGGCUGUUGCUGGUCCUGUUCCUGGCGCUGUUCCUGGCGCUGUUCCUGGAGCUGUUCCUCGUCGCCGGCGAUUGCCCCCUCGUCCAGACUGUCCCUUGAUUGUCUCCAGCCAGCCUCAAUUUGACACCGAACAGCACCUGCAACUCUACUAUGAGCCCUAUCCCGGUAACGAACCCGUCGUGAAUAUGCAGCCAGGCUGGACCGGUCACACUUGUUUCGUGCAGCCUGACUACAACCAGCCUUGCCCGCCCGACGCAUAUCCUCACAGUCGCCAAUCUAGCAUGGAAAGUCAGCAUAACACCUGUUCGCCGCCCAGGGUCAAUGAAUCCGAGUCAAUCUUGACCCAGACUAAAUUUCACACCCCUGAGGUCGAGAGAGGUCGCCCACUAGUUCGGCCGCGCCAUCCCAACACCGAUGGAGGCUUUGACACGGCUCCAGUGUCUGCUCCUGCUAAGGCUCAGAGAGACUCAUCCUCUGUUAAACCCCUGGAUGGGUCCUCAGGAAGAGCCAGCAAGUCCACUGAUGCUCAGGUUGAGCCCGCUCUACCUAUGAGAAAGCCUAUCAAGUCCGAGAACAAAGCCACCGAACCUGAGACCAAGCUCAACCCGCCUCAGCCUGAAUCCACCUGUGGUCCGAGUCAUGAUGAAAAGAAAAAAGAAUUGAUGGAUGAAAUCAAGCCACCGUUGAGCAUUGAUACCAAUGAAGAAAGCGCAGGGUCCUCCUCCGAGGCCGGCCCUAAGACACCAGACACGGAGCAGUCUCGGGAAAGCGCUAAACUUCAGACUCCAGCCAAAGCUGGCUCGGUGAAAUCUGCCGGUAGUAAGACCCCUGAUAGCGCUGAAACCCUCAAGCCAGCCGACAAGGGCACUUCGGACAAAGGCAAAUCUCCGGAAGUGGCCACAUCCACUCCAACCAAGAGUGGCAGCAAAAGACUUGAGCCCGCAGUGCCAGACAGCAAACAUCUACUGGCUCGCCAUGCUUUCCAGCAUCGCAAACCCCUCAAGAAAAAGUACCAACCCAAGACCGACACCGGCAAAACAGUUGAGCAGUACACCCGUGAGAUAAAUGCGCAGCGUGCCUCGGUUGACCCAGACUCGCGUGUCCCUGAACAUAUUCUGCAAGAGGUGAUCCAAGAGCUAGAGAAUGAGCGCAGAGAAAAUAUUCGGAAGAGUCUCGGUCUCGGACCCAGUGCUAAAAGUAGCAUGGACAGUGGUACUUCGAAGAAGAAGUAG